GUGCUGGUGAGGGAGAGUAUUUGUGUGCGAGUGAGUGUUUGUGCUGGCCAGGGACUCCCAUACACAACAACCUCACUCAGGAUUACCUUGAGAUGCGACUCGUGAACCCCCACCCACAGUAACCAUUACUUCGUAAUUAUUAACUGUUGCUGAAAAAAAAGUAUGACAAGUAUCAUAGUGAAAAACUAUGAAAUUUAAUUUACGACUAUGUAAUUUCUCUAUGAUUUAAUAUUAGUGUAACAAAAACAAAAGCACAGAAAAGAACAAAUAACCCGCGUAUUUCAUUGUAAAACAACUAUAAAAAACUGACAAAUGCUGGUUCAUUUACAGUGAAAAUUUACAUCGGGUGAUCACUGCAAUGAAAGUCUCUACUGUAUCAGCCACAAACACUUCAUGACGUCUACCCCGAGUCUUUCUUCAAACUGAGAGGCGGAGAGGACCUAUGCACGGGAGAAGCCAGUCAGCUCAUCGUCUCCUGUCACACCUGUAGAUGAACACGCUCAUCUACGCCCUGUUAUUGCAGCUCCUCCUGCCUCCUUGCCGAGGGAGUAUGGAAGCACCACUACUAGUGUUCCUGAGUCUGCUGACACCACUGGCAACUACUGGGACGUUGCUGCAGACGCAGGGAUCAUCAGUGCCUAGACUGGCCUCGACAGUGUUCUCCCAGCAGAACAAUACGGAACUCAGGUCGCAGGUGGGCACCACUGCCGUCCUCCACUGCGUCGCUCAGAAUGUUGGAGACAACACGGUGUCGUGGAUAAGACGACGGGAUUAUCACCUGCUGACCGUGGGCUCCCAGACCUACAGCAGCGACGACAGGUUCCAGGUCCGCUACAUCAAAGACGAGAACGACUGGCAACUGCACAUCCGUUACGUUCAAGUACGAGAUGGUGGGGACUACGAGUGUCAGGUCUCUUCCCACCCUCCCGUCAGUCUCCUCUCAACCCUCCACGUCUUGGAGGCAACGUCAGAGAUCCUGGGAGGACCUGAGAAAUACAUGAGGGUGGGCAGCUCCCUGAGGCUGGUCUGUGUGCUCAGGGACAACACUCAGCCACCCACCUACGUCUUCUGGUAUCACAACCAACACAUGAUUAACUACCACGCUACCAGGGAGGUGCAGGUGGAGAACAACGGUGGGCUGAGUGUGCUCUUCCUCAACAAGGUGAGACCAGCUGACUCUGGCAACUACACCUGUGCCCCCUCAAACACCCGCCCUGCCCACAUCCAUAUACAUGUCUUGAAAGGCGGGGAGACUCCAGCAGCUAUACACUCAGCCUCGGGAUGGCCGCGUGCUGCUCUGCCCCUCCUCAUCAGCCUCCUGCUAUGCCUGUCCUCCACCAUUAUGGUGAGUACCACGCAGUUACACUGUUUAUAUUAUGUCUCUGUCGACCUUCCUGGUCGAUAUUGAUGUCUCUAGCUUCCCUCGUUCAGAU